UAUUUUUUGUAGUCACAGGGUUUCUCCAUGUUGCCCAGUCUGGUCUUGAACUCCUGUGCUCAAACGAUACUUGGCCUCUCAAAACUGUGGGAUUACCCAUGUGGCACUGAGCCCGGCCUCACUCUUGGCAUUUUAAGUCUUAAAAAAUGUUGCCAAUCUAUGAAUGAAAAUCAUUUUUAGUAUAUAUUUCCCUGAUAACUAGUGAGAUUGAACAUUUUCUCAUAUUUUAGUAGUAUUUUAUUCUUAACAUAAUACCUGUAUUUCUUCUGAAAAUAACAAAAAUAAUUAUCUGAAGUAUAUACCCUGUGUUCUGUAAUACCUGUAUUUCUUCUGAAAAUAACAAAAUAAUUAUCUAAAUAAAGUAUAUACCCUGUGUUCUUUCUUUGGUUCUCUUUUAAUAUUCUAAAAGCUCAGAAAAGGCUAAAAUGAUUUUGAGUAUUUGUGGUCCAGUCGUUGUUGGGGCAGGUCGAUUUUCUUUUUGCAUCUCUAUGGACAAGAAUCAUUUGCAUUACUGAUUUCUACAAUUUACAGAGCUGUAAAACUGCUCAAAGACAGUGAAAGGGUAGAACUAUUAUGGAAUCAAAUUACUCAGUAGGGUAUACCAGACAACACCUAGCAUUCCAUAGAACAUCCAGCAAUCUUUCACUGUUUUCUGAAAGAUAAUACAUUUAAAACUUUUAACACAUUGGCUCGCAAUGAGAGCUCAGGAAAUUUAAUUUGCUUCUCCGUUGUUAAAAGAAUGAAAAACAAGAUAAUUGAGAAUUUAUAGCAUUUCUGUGGAAAUACAGUUCCCUGGGUAGGUGCUUUAUCUAGAUUCACUUUUGAUUUCAUUGGGUCUUGCACAGUGCCUGAGAGCAUUUAUAUAUGUGGUCAGUAAUUUAAAAAAAUUAUUUUUCCCACCUCUUAAUACUUUGCAGUUGUUCAGUAAUAGUUUGAUUGGAUAGAACUAUGUUCAAGUAUGUUCUAAUUUAUUCCCCUAUCUGGAAAAACAUGUAUAUUGUGAGAAAAUAGGUUUGUCUUGCUUACAUUAUUAUGUAUCAUAUAUUUUCAUACUGGGGUUAACAAAUAUAUUCUAAGUACUGAAACUGGUGGCCUUGAAAAUGGCUAUACUAGCUGUUUCCUUUCAUAGUCCAAACUGUGUGAAUAUAUCUAAAUAAAAAAUCUGGCUCUAUUAUAAUAGCAAAUGCGAUUUCGUGUGUGGAGUCUUAAGGCGUGAUUAUACUGUUUCUCACCAUGAAUAGUGAUUUUUUACACAUGAUAAGGCAGGCUAGCAUAUUCACAUACAUUACGGCUAGAAUAAUCCAUUGCUCUAAAAACAUGAUUUUUACCUGAUUUUUAGAUUGAGUGUUCUAUAAAAAUUUUUUCUUAACUGAAAAAAAUAUGCAGAGGCUAAUGUAGACUGUAAAAUGAAGGAGAAGCUUAGCUUUACCGUGGAGUCUGGGUCUGGGUGUAACCUAACUAGCUAGGGGAUAUGCAAUUCCUGAUUGACAGCAGGUCCAGCAUUAUGCAGAUUUUGUAAGGGAGAACACUCAGCUCAGAAACAGUGAUGAGAGGCUCUGUUAGGAAUUACUGCAUUCACCACUCAUAUCUUUUAGUUUUCUGUCUACUGGAUUUGCAAACAAAUAGCACAAAACAGUUCCUCUUUUGUUUUUAUUAAAGUGAUACUGCAAUGCAGUUCAGUCUGUCAGCUAGGCAUACGUGUGAAAUUUGAUAUUCUCACUAAAUUAGCUAAUUUUUAGCUGUGUUCCAUGCUUAUCUCUAGACCUUUGUGUAUUAAAUCCUGUCUCGAGCUGUUCCCUUUAUACACAAGUGUGUUUUGCUUGUGCCUUCCUGUCUUCUUCAGUGAGAAGCUUUAUGUAGGUCAGGUUUGGCUUAAGCAGAUUUCCUGAACCUGCGUCAGCUUAAGCUGGAGGAAUUUUAAUAAACCCUCCCCUGUAGGCGUGGGCCUAAAUGAGGCUAGCCUAGUUAAGCCUGAUCUUUUUCUGUUUGUGAAAAGAGCUGAGCAGAGCUGAAGGCUGCAUGGUGGUUUCAGAAACUGCCUACUUAAUUUGAAAAGAACAAUGGUAGGAAAGGCUAGAUCUUCCAAUUUUACCUUAUCCGAAAAGCUUGAUUUGCUAAAGCUUGUGAAGCCAUAUGUGAAAAUUCUCGAAGAACACACUAAUAAACAUUCAGUAAUAGUGGAAAAGAAUAGAUGUUGGGAUAUCAUAGCAGUUAACUAUAAUGCAAUUGGAGUAGACCGCCCUCCUCGAACAGCACAGGGCCUACGCACCCUUUACAAAAGGCUCAAAGAAUAUGCCAAACAGGAGCUAUUGCAGCAAAAAGAUACCCAAUCAGAUUUUAAAAGCAAUAUUUCUGAGCCAACCAAGAAAGUUAUGGAGAUGAUUCCCCAGAUUUCCAGUUUUUGCCUGGUAAGAGACAGGAACCACAUACAAAGUGCAAACUUGGAUGAGGAGGCACAGGCUGGUACCAGUUCACUACAGGUAAUGUUGGAUCACCAUCCUGUUGCUAUUACAGUGGAGGUGAAGCAAGAAGAAGACAUUAAACCACCUCCUCCACUGGUUUUAAAUUCUCAACAGAGUGAUACUUUAGAGCAAAGAGAAGAACAUGAAUUAGUACAUGUUAUGGAAAGAUCCUUGUCGCCUUCACUUUCCUCUGUUGAUAUGAGAAUGACAUCGUCUCCAUCUUCUAUUCCAAGGAGAGAUGAUUUUUUUCGGCAUGAGAGUGGUGAACACUUUAGGUCACUAUUAGGGUAUGAUCCUCAGAUCCUGCAAAUGUUGAAAGAGGAGCAUCAGAUAAUUUUAGAAAAUCAAAAAAAUUUUGGAUUGUAUGUUCAGGAGAAGAGGGAUGGAUUGAAAAGAAGGCAGCAGCUAGAGGAAGAGCUACUAAGAGCAAAAAUUGAAGUGGAGAAGCUGAAAGCAAUUCGCUUACGGCAUGAUCUACCUGAAUAUAACAGUCUCUAAGUUUUUUUUCCAAUCUUGCAAUUUGAUAAUUUUGAUUUUGGCCAAAUUACUUUAAUUUGGGAAUAUCCUGAAACAAAAUACACGUUCUUGAAAAAUGUUAAUCUCUAUUAUGGAAAAACUUUUUUGAUAUAAUUUUCUAAUUAUUUUCUUUUGAGAUAUUAAAAUUUACUGGUUGGUUGGCAUGGUUAUAGUUUUUAUUGUCUUCUUUUUUUUUUCCCCGUAAGUUUAAUUGUUGACCUUACAAAAGAUGUUUUAUUCUGAUCACUAAGAUAUACACAAAUACGUAAACAAACACAUAUUCUUUCAAAGGUCUGAGUCUUUUUUUUUUUUGGUUAACAUUUUUAGUUAGAACUUUGAAAGCGGUAAUUAGAGAUUUUUAAGUCAGUCUAAUUUAGGAGCUAUACUAACCUAAUACCAAGAAGCUUGUCUGUAUGACAUUGGUUUUUAUGCUUUUAUCUUUUGAAGGAGUAAAUCCUAGGAUUUUAGAGAUGGAAGAUAUUUGGAGAACACUUUUUUCCGUCUCUGCAGUUUAGGGGUAAUGAAACAGGUCCAGGGAGAACUCAAUGACUUACUUAGGGUAACAAAGCUAUUUAUGGCAGAGCAGAGACCAGCACUCAGUUUUUCUUUGUGUAAUUUCCCUCCCUCUAUUUGAUAGAAGUAAAUAUCCACCAAAAUAUUCUCUAGAUUUAAAUAUUAGAAGCAUUUGUUUCGUAAAAUUGCCUUUAAAGAUUGUUAGGUUGUGAAAUCAGAAUAAUUAUAUAAAUUACCCCAUUCUCUCUCUCUUUUUGUUCCAGCAAAAUAGAUAAGGUAUUCCAUUGAAGCUAUUAUAUAUUUUGGCUGUGUGAUUUAAAGACAUGUCUUAAUUCAUUUUAAAUGUCCUGUUCUGGAAAAAAUUUCUUUCACAGUAAAAAUCAGAAUGAACAAAAUUAAAAUUUUAUGUUUUUUAUAGGUAUUGUUAUUUUAGUAUUCGUGGAAAAAAAACCUCAAUUCUUAAAGCAUACAUAUUAAAUUUAUAUUAAAUCUCUAAUAUGUAUGUUACUUAAGAAUUUCUAUUUUUGCUGGGGCUUUGUUGAGAAAAGAUUUUUAAGCCAAGGUUUAGAAUGGAGUGGGUGGAAUUUCAGCAGUGAAGGGGACCAUGGAUGUUUGAAGCCAGAGUGAGAAGCUGGAAAAAAGAGGGAUGGGAAAAAGUGGAUUGAAUGUAUAAGCACAAAUGCAGUGGUGGCCAGUAAUUUUAAGUGAAUGUAGAGAGAGUCAGUUUGGGUUGUGGUAUCCUGGACUAGGAAGGACAUCUCCCUGGACUAGGUAGGGCAGCUGCUGUUUAGCUCCAGCAGAAUUUCACAUGCGGGAAUAAACCAGAAAUCUGCAUUUUUAAUGCAGAAUUUUCCAAUUUAAAAAUGUUUGCAAAUAACACAAAAUGCUUUUAAAACAUUAUACAGACAACAUGUGAGUGGGCCUCAUUGAGCCAUUGGGCUUCCAGUUUGUGGCUUUUGGAGUAGAGCAAUGGUUUUCCAAGUAUGGGUCCUGAUCUGCUGCAUCAGCAUCACUUGAGAGCUUGUUAAAAAUAUAAAUCCAAUUUCAACUGAAUUAGAAACCCUGGGGGUGGGGUCAGCAGUCUCUUUUAAUAAACCCUCUAGAGAUUCUGAUGCAUGCUAAAGUUUGAGAACCAGUGAAACAGAGUAUUUUGGAACCUCGCUUGGUGCCCAAAUCAUGCUAGUCUCAAAAUUUUUGUUAAAGAGUAGUUCAAAGUGAACUGAGGGAUAUAAAUUUGGGUGAUAGUUGGUACCAGAUUAUGAAUUACAUUAAAUAUAAUUUUUUUUUUUUUUUUUUUUUUGAGAUAGAGUCUUGCUUUGUCACGUAGGUUGGAGUGCAGUGGCACGAUCUUGGCUCACUGCAAUCUCCGUCUCCCAAGUUCAAGCGAUUCUCCUCCCUCAGCUUCCCAAGUAGCUGGGACUACAGGCGCCCCACUAUGCGCGGCUAAUUUUUUUGUGUUUUUAGUAGAGACAGGGUUUCACAGUGUCAGCCAGGGUAUUCUGGAUCUCCUGACCUCGUGAUCUGCCCGCCUCCCAAAGUGCUGGGAUUACAGGCAUGAGCUACCAUGCCCAGCCUAAAUACUAUUUUUAAUGAGUCAGACUUAAUGUACAAUGGGAAGCCAUUGAAUGCUUUGAAUUAGGGGGGUAAUUUCAUUAUAGUUGUGAUUUAGGAGGAGUGGCAUUUAGGGACAGGCAUUGUAUUGAGAAGAACUUAAAUCAGAAAUUUAAGUUAUGGCUAUAGAAAUAGAAAAAAAUGAACUCUUUAAGGUACUAUUUUAGUAUGUUGACUGCUUAAUUUCAUUGGUUGGAUUAAAAAGAGUGUUUUAUAGCUGGUAGAGUUAACUUUUUCAAUUAUAAAGAUGCCCUGAAUAUAUAAUAUAUUAUAUCCUUUUGACAUUGUUACCUUUUCUCUUUAAUCUGUGCUAUGACUUUUCUUUGAGUCUAAUCAAUCUUGUAAUUCUUAAUUUGAGGUAAUGUUUCCCAGUAUAAUUCUACUAAAUACAUCUUGGCAGUAGUAAGCUUUAUUUUUUUAAAUUAUUGAAAGCGCAUAUAUGAGAUGUAAUUCACUUUACAGUUUCAGCAUGCUACUAAGAAUUGAUAAUGAAUGUUCAAUUUGAAUGUUGGCUUUUACAGCAAAUCAGAGUUUUCCCAAGUGUGUUCUGUGGAACGUUAAUUCUGUGAGAUGUUUCUAGAAAAGAGAUCUGUGUUCAAAAAAGAUUUUUUGUUUUGGUGGUUAGGUUCUAAAAUAAUUGUGGAAGGAAAAAAUUAUGUAUAUACAAGGUAGCCCUUGAAAAUUCCUUUGCUGCCCAUAAAGUAGCAUAAACAUAGUCUGCUACAGUCGUAUUUUUCUCCAGCAUUGUUUAAGAUUGCUUUUUCUUUAGUGUGUUAGGUGACACAAUUCAUUAGCAUUUAGGGGCUGUGUAUACAAUAAGAAACUUAUUUUAACGUAUUUUUAAACACCAGAAUCACACUCUGAGUUUACUGCAGCAACUUUUCCAAGUCAAUCUUGUUUUUCUCCAAGUCAAUCUUGCUUUUAAUUUGCAAAAGUCUAAAUGCAUAUAAUUCUGCUCAUUGUCUACCUCCUCCUGUACAACCAUGAUUAACAUAGUAUAGCUUAUGAGAAUUCCUGAAUAAAGAAAAUUAUUUAUUUGACCAUAGAAUCCUUUUUGGAGGCUGUUUAUUAUCUUACAGAGUAUCUUAGGGUAAUUUGGAACCAAACCUUUUUUUUCUUCUUUUUUAUAUUGAGACUUUUUUGAGUUUGGGGACUGCUUACCAACUAACAUUAGCAGUUUUUGUUGAGGACAAGUUUCAUUAAGGAGAAUAUAUAGGGGCAAGUUUGCUAGUACAAUGGAAUAUACACUUGGCUCUCUAUCUGCAGGUUUCACAUCUGCACAUUGAACCACUGUGGAUUGAAAAUA